UUCUCUGGUGGCCGGUUUGAGAAGAACUGCCACGAGAGUCUACCAAGUCUGCGCGUGCGCGAAGUAGCCGAGUUGUAAGCUAGUGACGAAGACCCUACAAGAUUUUCCCUGCGGAAGAGCAGCAAUGUCGUAUUGCGUUCGCGUUUUUAAGGCCCAGAGGCUAGCUGGGUUUGCUACCGACAUCCAACAAAGAUGUUUCAGCGUGAGUCCGUUGAGCUUCGCCGCCGCAAAGGUGGCGAUGUCCAAAUUCGACCAAACUACCUACCUUCCCUACGACAAACUCGAAGAGAACAUCAAAAUCGUGAAGAAACGACUCAACCGACCACUGACAUUAUCUGAAAAGGUUUUGUACUCUCACCUGGAUGAACCGCAGACGCAAGAUGUUGUCCGUGGAACGAGUUACCUCAGAUUACGACCAGACCGUGUUGCUAUGCAGGAUGCUACAGCACAGAUGGCAAUGCUGCAGUUCAUUAGCUCCGGUCUCCCCAAAGUCGCUGUGCCCUCGACCAUCCACUGCGAUCACUUGAUCGAAGCUCAAAUUGGUGGAACUGAAGAUUUGGCCCGAGCCAAGGACGUAAAUAAGGAAGUAUACAAUUUCCUGAAGACAGCUGGUGCCAAGUACGGCGUUGGAUUCUGGAACCCUGGAUCCGGUAUCAUCCACCAAAUUAUUCUGGAAAACUACGCGUUCCCUGGGCUGCUGAUGAUUGGUACAGACUCUCACACACCGAACGGAGGAGGCUUGGGCGGCUUGUGUAUUGGUGUUGGUGGAGCUGACGCUGUUGACGUGAUGGCCAAUAUUCCGUGGGAAUUGAAGUGCCCCAAAGUUAUUGGUGUCAAGUUGACUGGCCAGCUCAAAGGUUGGACGAGUCCGAAGGACAUCAUUCUGAAGGUUGCAGGUAUCCUGACGGUGAAAGGAGGCACUGGAGCGAUUGUAGAAUACUUUGGCCCUGGUGUGGACAGCAUUAGCUGUACUGGUAUGGCCACGAUUUGUAACAUGGGUGCGGAAAUUGGUGCUACGACUUCAGUUUUUCCGUACAAUGGACGCAUGCAGGAUUAUCUGAAGGCGACUGGACGUGGGGAAAUUUCCGUUGCGGCUGAUCAGUACAAGGAGAGUCUCCUCACUGCUGAUUCCAACGCUAAAUACGACCAGGUCAUCGAAUUGGAUCUUUCAACGCUGGAGCCACAUGUCAACGGACCGUUUACACCCGACCUCGCUCACCCUAUUUCCAAAUUGGGUGAAACUGCAAAGAAAAAUGGAUGGCCAAAUGAGAUAAAAGUCGGUCUCAUUGGAUCGUGCACAAACAGUUCUUACGAAGACAUGGGCCGAUGUGCAAGCAUUGCCAAGCAGGCCAUGAAGCACGGAAUUAAGUCCAAAUCCACCUUCAACGUAACUCCUGGCUCUGAGCAAAUUCGUGCCACCAUCGAACGCGACGGAAUUGCCGAAACGCUUCGUCAAUUCGGAGGCGUCGUUCUCGCUAACGCGUGUGGUCCUUGCAUUGGGCAAUGGGAUCGUCAAGACAUCAAAAAGGGCGACAAAAACACUAUCGUAACAUCGUACAACCGCAACUUCACUGGUCGUAACGACGCAAACCCGGCAACUCACGCUUUCGUAACAAGUCCAGAGCUGGUAACAGCGUUGUCAAUCGCUGGACGAUUAGAUUUCAACCCGGUUACGGACAAACUGAAGGGCGCUGACGGCAAAGAGUUCUUGCUGGACGAUCCAUUCGCUGACGAACUGCCCAGCCGUGGCUUCGACCCUGGCCAAGAAACGUACGACCAUCCUCCGGCUGACGGUAGCUCAGUCAAAGUUGACGUCGAUCCCAAAUCUCAAAGGCUUCAGCUUCUGGACCCGUUCGACAAAUGGGACGGCAAAGAUCUUACCGAUCUAGUCGUCCUUAUCAAAGCGAAGGGAAAAUGUACGACCGAUCACAUAUCCGCCGCUGGACCGUGGCUAAAGUACCGUGGUCACUUGGACAACAUUUCUAACAACAUGUUCAUCGGUGCCGUCAAUGCGGAAAACGGCGAAGUCAACAAAAUCAAGAACCAGCUUACGGGAGAGUGGGGAGCUGUUCCCGAUGUUGCUCGACAUUACAAAAAGAAUGGCGUCAGAUGGGUAACUAUCGGCGAUGAAAACUACGGUGAAGGUUCAUCUCGGGAACACGCUGCUCUCGAGCCCAGACAUCUUGGAGGACGUGCCAUAAUUGUGAAGAGUUUUGCUAGGAUCCACGAAACCAAUUUGAAAAAGCAGGGUAUGCUUCCAUUGACUUUCGCUGACCCAAGUGAUUACGACAAAAUCCAACCAACUGACAAGAUCAACCUCCUUGGUCUCAAGGAUUUAGCUCCUGGAAAGCCUAUCAAGGCAGAAAUCAAACACAAAGACGGAAAGGUUGACACCAUCACUUUGAAUCACACGUUCAAUGAGCAGCAGAUUGGUUGGUUUAAAGCAGGCUCAGCAUUGAACCGUAUGAAGGAAGUAGCCCUAGGAAAGUAGAGGGGUAAACGAAACUGAAGAAACGAAGGAUGAAGAUGUCGAAUUGAGAAGUCGAACAAUGCCAAAAAUGUCAACUAGCAGUAAGCUAGUAUGUCACAUGUAUUGAAUUUUCGAAAGCAAAUAGGGAAAAUUUACGAAAUCGUUCGUAGACAGGGAAUUUUAGUUCCGAUAGAAAUUUGAUUUUUGAAGCGGCAGUUACGCGUACAGACGGUAGAUAUUUAGGAAAUAGAACAAUGCAAAUAUAAGGUAGUAUUCAUUACGAGAACUGAAAUUUAAGGGAGCUAAUUAUCACUAAGAAUCAUGCGAUAUUAGAGAAAUUUUAUAAUCGGGCUAAAGUUGCAUACUUUUUUUUAUGCAUGUACGAUGUACAAUAAGUAAUGAAACUUCCCUUCAAUUGACAAAAUUAUUGUACGUAUUAUUGAUUAUGGAUGUGUAUAUUCAAACUCGAAUCAAGACUAGACUCAAAUCUAAAAUCGGUAGCUACUUUUUAGUCUCAAUUCAACGAUGCUAUUCUGCGUCUUUAUAAUCCAUUGCCAAUCAUUCAAGUCUGAUUUUGCCAACUGAAUAAAAGAUGAAUCGUAAAGACCAGUGCUCCUUGGGUCAGUUCUGUA